UACAUUUAUUUUUAAAAGAAAACUUUCACCAUGUUUGAAAAAAAAAAGCACUCGCAUUGCUAAACGUUCUAAAUCCAUAAAUCUGAAUGAUAUUGCGUCACGGCAGUCCGUCGAAGAUCCAGUGUCCACACUUGACGGGCAGAAGUAAACAGUGACGUCACGAAGCGUCAUCGAGACGAUAAAAAGUCGAUUUUAUUCGCACAAGUUCGGCCAGCUGACUGCGUCCCCCUCCCCGCAGCCCGCGCCCGCACGCACAGAAUUUUCAGUGUGGCGAGAUUUCAGGGUGAGCGAGAGAGGUAUAGGCGGACACAGAGGGAGCUAGUGAGAGUGAGCGAGACGAGGGUAUGAGCGCGCACGAGUGCGGCGCGGCGCGGUGGGCGGGCGCGCUCCGGAUGAUGUAUAGAGUGGUGGAGUUAGGUUCAAAUUGGUCCGGGAAGUGGCCGAGAUUAGAGCCAGCGCGGCCCGCAACGCGCCGCGUACGUAAGCCCACUUAAGACUGUUUUUAAUACUAGUAUUUUUUACGCGAUCCCGACAGGAUUUAGCGGAUAAGCGACGUCGCCGCGAUCGUGCGCUUUGAUUUAUCGGUAUCGGAUUCGUAUUUGGUUUGUUCUGGUGUUUACGUUAGUGGGUGACGGCCGGGCGCGUGGACGCGUAAUCCCGCGGCUUGUACCAGAUUAUGACGGAUAUCACCGGAUUUCUUGUACACACGCUGUGAACCUCAAGAGGAAUCAUCGAUCCCGCAUCGAGCCGCUGCAACGUCACUGACGCCCGCUUACUAUUUUCAAACUAGCACUCAACAAUGCGGAUCAGCGCGUGAACACAGUUCACUCGCAUCGAAUUCCCACAAGAGUCAGAGAAAGCCUCAUCAUUCAUCUCAGGGUGUACAAGGAGGCGCUGGCGGCCGGCAUGGAGCCGCUGAGCGAGAACGGGCUCUGCCUGUCAGAGCUGGAGCUGCACGGAGGCGGGCACCUGCACGAGUCGGUGGCCGCGUCCGUGGGCUCCGCUAUCUCCAGCCUCAUGGCCCCGCUGCAUCAUGAGCCCCAGCAUGCACCCCUGCAUCAUGCGCCCCCAUUACAUCAUGAGCCGCUCGAGAAGCUUAAAUUAUGGGCAGAGACGGGAGAGUUUAGAGAUAGUGCGUCAGUCGGCUCCGGAGUGGAGCAGUCCUCGCUGUACGCGCCGCCAAGACCGCGCCGCGAUCGCAAACCCACUGACGACAGUGAGUAUAAUUGUUGCAAUCGUCCUUUAACAUCGGAGCCCACGAUAAAGACAGAAUCGACGACACCUGGGGUCGGUCCCGACGAGCCCUCGUUAGACGACAAAGGGGACAAGAAAAACAAAAGACAACGCCGCCAGAGGACGCACUUCACCAGCCAACAGCUGCAGGAGUUAGAAGCUACCUUCGCGAGAAACCGAUACCCGGACAUGUCGACACGAGAGGAGAUCGCCAUGUGGACCAAUCUAACUGAAGCGAGAGUUAGGGUAUGGUUUAAAAACCGUAGAGCGAAAUGGCGGAAACGUGAAAGAAACGCAAUGAACGCCGCAGCCGCCGCCGCCGCAGACUUCAAGAACGGUUUCAGCACUCAAUUCAACGGGCUGAUGCAGCCCUUCCCCGACACGGAUGCGCUCUACUCAUCGUAUCCAUACAAUAACUGGGCAGCCAAGGUGCCCAGUCCGCUCGGGACCAAGAGCUUCCCGUGGCCCGUCAACCCGCUCGGCUCUGUGGUGCCGGCGAGUCAUCACCAAGGCUCAGUGAACUGCUUCAACACGGCGACAUCGAUGGGAGGCGUGGGCGGCGGCGGUAUGGGCAGCGUGGCGGGUUCAGCAGGCGUGGGCGGCGGCGUCGCACCGUGCCCCUACACGCCGCCCAACCCGUACAGCAUGUACCGCGCGGAGCCGUGCGCGGCGAUGUCGUCGUCCAUCGCGUCGCUGCGGCUGAAGGCGAAGCAGCACUCUUCAGGGUUCGGCGGCGGGUACGGCGGCGUGUCGCCGGUGUCGCGCGCGGGCUCGGCGCCGCUGGCCGCGUGCCAGUACGCGGGCGGCGUGGCGGAGCGGCUCUGAGACGAGGCGCGCGGCCGCGAGGAGCGCGAGCCGCCGCCGCUGCUGUCGCGCGCCUCCUAGUCGCCGCCGCUGCCCGCGCCGCACCACGCGCCGCACCCGCUCUACCGCCACCUCUGGGACUGGUUCGACUGAGCGCGCUCUCCACCGCCGCGGGGCUCACAGUGCGGGGACGAUGAGUGCAGCGACUGUGAAUAAAACAUGUGCAUACAUGUACAAAACGUUUGUUACGAAACUUCCGGCAAUAAAAACUUAACGAUAUCGUUUUAAAGUUACUGUAAAUAUGUAGUUAUGUACGUACGUAUACCAAAGCGAUGUGUGCAAUUUUUACAAGCUUACAAUGUACUUAGAUUAUUGUAAUGUAAGUGUUCAGCUUAAUAUCGAACAUUGUAUAUAUGAACUUGAUAAUUUAUUUGAAAAUGAAAUAACGAGCAUUUGCGGUCGUAAUAGUGAAUAAUAUAGCAAUGAUAAGUUAAUGUUGUUGUUUGAAAUGUUCCUUUUGUUGUGUUACUGUUAGAGAGUUCAACUUGAUCGUUGUCUCUCAGUAUGACACUGUGUCGGUAUGUACCGCAUUUAAUUCAUACAUAUCAGAAAAAUAAACAUUUUGCUUACAGAAAUUGAAUCUGUGUACCACGGGCUAACAUUUAUUAAUAAUAUUUAUUAAAAUGAACAAAAUAUUCAAAUUUUAAAACCUAAAAUUUUGCAAUUCCUGCAUCAAAAUCAUUAAUAUUAAAAUAGUAAAUCCAUUAUUUUUAAUUAAUAGUCAACUUUAAAAGCGUCUCAUUUAUGCAUGUACUGCGACAGUUUGAUUUUUAAUGUACCUUAAUAAUGUAAAUAUAGGGUAUUGUAAUUAUAAAAUUGUAAUGAGAAAAUUUUUAAACGGACAAUUGUAAGAUUUGUAUGGAACUGAUACCAACGAAAGCAGGAAAAUUAAUAAUUAUUGUAAGAAAGAAAAGAAAUAAUUAAAAUUGUGUAAAAAUAAUAAUUCUUGUCACAAAUAUAAAUUGAUGAAUUAAAUCAAAUAGUUCAAUUUUCACUUCCAGAACACUUAUUAUACCAGUUUCUGCCAUUGCAAUAUGAAAGCCUCCUACUUAAAUAUAACAACACAUGUUUUCUAGUAUUUUGGCAAAAUAAGAGUAGUAUGAAGCUACGACCCUGUUUGGCUACAAAAAUGAAGCUACGAUAAUGCUACGAGAGGGCUCUACGAAAAAUUUACUUUCCAUUAUUCCUAUUAUGUGCUAUCAAGUUUCUUGAUACUAUUUUCCACUUGAAUUUUUUUAAACGGUUGAUAUAUCGAAACAUUAAUUGUAACGCCUAGAAAAAAAGAUAAUCCCCCUUCUGCAAUUUUCCAUCUGCCAAUAAUAUUACACGUCAAAUGGAUAUUCGUCUGUCUUACAAGUCCUAACAAAUCAGACAGAACAGAACAGAGUAAGCAUCAGAACAGACCCAAGGUUCGAUAAUACUAUGUCGAUUGUGGAAGAGUGACAACACUACACUAACACGGUGUAGAGUCACUUUUUUUUUCCACAACCGCAAUAAUACAAAAAGGAGAUGAUUAUAAACUUUAUAUUCAGUUGUCUACAGUUGCAGACUCGUGUUUGAAUGAAACCCGUUGCCAUGCCAACCGUAUUUAAUGUUAUAUAUGUAACCAAUGUCAAUGUGUCAUCAAUAUGUCCAUGUGAUAACCAGUAGCAGUGCUUCAAAAAACCUCCAAAAUGAGAUUAAUGCAACCAGGAUCUCAAUAUUUAUUAAAAAAAACAUAUUUAUAACUUAACACCGUUUAUAAAUGUAAAUGUAAAAUAUUGUAACUAUUUAGAUAUAAACAUUCAUUAGAUAAUAAAUUUUAGUUAAUUACACGAAUUAGUAUGUCCGUGUGCCUACGUAACAGUGAAGGAAACAUUAAAUUAUGGAAAAUAAAAAUAUGUAAAUAUAUAGAUUCGAGAUAAUAUUUGAUGUGAAAUUCGAGGUUUUCAUUUUAUACAUAUCAGAACAAAAUAUCUGCGAACCUGAAUAGUUUGUUAGAGUUAUUUUGUGAGUAACAAUUAAGAGGAUACCGAUUGUUUUGUAACUUAAAAAACCUCUAGUCAUAAUAAAAGAUAUCACUGAGUA